CGGCGACCCACUCGCGGCCGGCCUCGGCCCUCGGCGGCCGGGGUCGCCGCCCGGCUCCGCGCCUCUCCCCGCGCGGCCCCCGGCCAGACGGUCCUCCCCGGGGCGCGCUCGGCGAGCGAGAUAUGAGGAUCAAUGAUGCAGACUCCUGGGUUCGAUGAAGCUGGGCAUUUAUAACUAGAUUCAUUAAGGAAUACAAAGAAAAUAUUUAAAAGGAUCAAUAAUGGUGUCUUCUGGUUGCAGAAUGCGAAGUCUGUGGUUUAUCAUUAUAAUCAGCUUCUUACCGAACAUGGAAGGUUUCAGCAGAGCAGCUUUACCAUUUGGGUUAGUUAGACGAGAAUUAUCCUGUGAAGGUUAUUCUAUAGAUCUUCGAUGUCCAGGCAGUGAUGUCAUCAUGAUUGAGAGUGCUAACUAUGGUCGGACAGAUGACAAGAUUUGUGAUGCUGACCCAUUUCAGAUGGAAAAUACAGACUGCUACCUCCCAGAUGCCUUCAAAAUUAUGACUCAAAGGUGCAACAAUCGAACACAGUGUAUAGUAGUUACUGGGUCAGAUGUAUUUCCUGAUCCAUGUCCUGGAACAUACAAAUAUCUUGAAGUCCAGUAUGAAUGUGUCCCUUACAAAGUGGAGCAAAAAGUUUUUGUGUGCCCUGGGACACUGAAAGCAAUUGUGGACUCUCCAUGUAUAUAUGAAGCUGAACAAAAGGCAGGUGCUUGGUGCAAGGACCCUCUUCAGGCUGCAGAUAAAAUUUAUUUCAUGCCCUGGACUCCCUAUCGUACUGAUACUUUAAUAGAAUAUGCUUCGUUAGAAGAUUUCCAAAACAGUCGCCAAACAACGACAUAUAAACUUCCAAAUCGAGUAGAUGGUACUGGAUUUGUGGUAUAUGAUGGUGCUGUCUUCUUUAACAAAGAAAGAACAAGGAAUAUUGUAAAAUUUGACUUGAGGACUAGAAUUAAGAGUGGAGAGGCCAUAAUUAACUAUGCCAACUAUCAUGAUACCUCACCAUAUAGAUGGGGAGGAAAGACUGAUAUCGACCUAGCAGUUGAUGAAAACGGCUUAUGGGUCAUUUAUGCCACGGAACAGAACAAUGGAAUGAUAGUUAUUAGCCAGCUGAAUCCAUACACUCUUCGAUUUGAAGCAACGUGGGAGACUGUCUAUGACAAACGUGCUGCCUCAAAUGCUUUUAUGAUCUGCGGAGUCCUCUAUGUGGUCAGGUCAGUUUAUCAAGACAAUGAGAGUGAAACAGGCAAGAAUGCAAUUGAUUACAUUUACAAUACCCGAUUAAACCGAGGAGAAUAUGUAGAUGUCCCCUUUCCCAACCAGUACCAGUAUAUUGCUGCAGUGGAUUACAAUCCUAGAGAUAACCAACUCUACGUGUGGAACAAUAACUUCAUUUUACGAUAUUCUCUGGAGUUUGGUCCACCUGAUCCUGCCCAAGUGCCUACCACAGCUGUGACAAUAACUUCUUCAGCUGAGCUGUUCAAAACCACAGUAUCAACCACAAGCACUACUUCACAGAAAGGCCCCAUGAGCACAACUGUAGCUGCAUCACAGGAAGGAAGCAAAGGGACAAAACCACCUCCAGCAGUUUCUACAACCAAAAUUCCUCCUGUAACAAAUAUUUUUCCCCUGCCAGAGAGAUUCUGCGAAGCAUUAGACGCGAAGGGGAUAAGGUGGCCUCAGACACAAAGGGGAAUGAUGGUUGAAAGACCGUGUCCCAAGGGAACAAGAGGAACUGCCUCGUAUCUCUGCAUGGUUUCCACUGGAACAUGGAACCCUAAGGGCCCCGAUCUUAGCAACUGUACCUCACACUGGGUGAAUCAGCUGGCUCAGAAGAUCAGAAGUGGAGAAAAUGCUGCUAGCCUUGCCAAUGAACUGGCUAAACAUACCAAAGGGCCGGUAUUUGCUGGGGAUGUGAGUUCUUCUGUGAGAUUGAUGGAGCAGUUGGUGGACAUUCUAGAUGCACAGCUGCAGGAACUGAAACCUAGUGAAAAGGAUUCAGCUGGACGGAGUUAUAACAAGCUCCAAAAACGAGAGAAGACAUGCAGGGCUUACCUUAAGGCAAUUGUUGACACAGUGGACAACCUUCUGAGACCUGAAGCUUUGGAAUCAUGGAAACACAUGAAUUCUUCUGAACAAGCACAUACAGCAACAAUGUUACUUGAUACCUUGGAAGAAGGAGCUUUUGUCCUGGCUGACAAUCUGGUAGAACCAACCAGAGUCUCAAUGCCCACAGAAAAUAUUGUUCUGGAAGUUGCUGUACUCAGUACAGAAGGACAGGUCCAAGACUUUAAGUUUCCUCUGGGCAUCAAAGGAGCAGGCAGCUCAAUCCAGCUCUCGGCAAAUACCGUCAAACAGAACAGCAGGAACGGGCUUGCAAAGUUGGUGUUCAUCAUUUACCGGAGUCUGGGACAGUUCCUUAGUACAGAAAAUGCAACCAUCAAGCUGGGUGCUGACUUUAUUGGUCGUAAUAGCACCAUCGCAGUGAAUUCCCACGUCAUUUCAGUUUCAAUCAAUAAGGAAUCCAGCCGAGUAUACUUGACAGAUCCUGUGCUUUUUACCCUACCGCACAUUGAUCCUGACAAUUAUUUCAAUGCAAACUGCUCCUUCUGGAACUACUCAGAGAGAACUAUGAUGGGAUAUUGGUCUACCCAGGGCUGCAAGCUGGUUGACACUAAUAAAACGCGUACAACGUGUGCAUGCAGCCACCUAACCAAUUUUGCAAUCCUCAUGGCCCACAGGGAAAUUGCAUACAAAGACGGAGUUCAUGAAUUACUGCUUACGGUCAUCACCUGGGUGGGAAUUGUCAUUUCCCUUGUUUGCCUGGCUAUUUGCAUCUUCACCUUCUGCUUUUUCCGUGGUCUACAGAGUGACCGUAAUACUAUCCACAAGAACCUUUGUAUCAACCUUUUCAUUGCUGAAUUUAUUUUCCUAAUAGGCAUUGAUAAGACAAAAUACAUGAUUGCAUGCCCAAUAUUUGCAGGACUUCUCCACUUUUUCUUUUUGGCUGCUUUUGCUUGGAUGUGCCUAGAAGGUGUGCAGCUCUAUCUAAUGUUAGUUGAAGUUUUUGAAAGUGAAUAUUCCAGGAAGAAAUAUUACUAUGUUGCUGGUUACUUGUUUCCUGCCACAGUGGUUGGAGUUUCAGCUGCUAUUGACUAUAAGAGCUAUGGAACAGAAAAAGCUUGCUGGCUUCAUGUUGAUAACUAUUUUAUAUGGAGUUUCAUUGGACCUGUUACCUUCAUUAUUCUGCUAAAUGUUAUCUUCCUGGUGAUCACAUUGUGCAAAAUGGUGAAGCACUCAAACACUUUGAAACCAGAUUCUAGCAGGUUGGAAAACAUUAAGUCUUGGGUGCUUGGUGCUUUCGCUCUCCUGUGUCUUCUUGGCCUAACCUGGUCAUUUGGGUUGCUUUUUAUUAAUGAGGAGACUAUUGUGAUGGCAUAUCUCUUCACCAUCUUUAAUGCUUUCCAGGGAGUGUUCAUUUUCAUCUUUCAUUGUGCUCUCCAAAAGAAAGUACGGAAAGAAUAUGGCAAGUGCUUCCGACACUCCUAUUGCUGCGGCAGCCUCCCAACUGAGAGCCCCCACAGCUCAGUGAAGGCGUCAACCACCAGAACCAGCGCCCGGUACUCCUCCGGCACCCAGAGUCGUAUAAGAAGGAUGUGGAAUGACACUGUGAGAAAGCAAUCUGAAUCUUCUUUUAUCUCAGGUGACAUCAAUAGCACUUCAACACUUAAUCAAGGAAUGACUGGCAAUUACCUACUAACAAACCCUCUUCUUCGACCCCACGGCACUAACAACCCCUAUAACACAUUGCUCGCUGAAACAGUUGUAUGUAAUGCCCCUUCAGCUCCUGUAUUUAAUUCACCAGGACAUUCACUGAACAAUGCCAGGGAUACAAGUGCCAUGGAUACUCUACCGCUAAAUGGUAAUUUUAACAACAGCUACUCACUGCGCAAGGGGGACUAUAAUGACAGCGUGCAAGUCGUGGACUGUGGACUAAGUCUGAAUGAUACUGCUUUCGAGAAAAUGAUCAUUUCAGAGUUAGUGCACAACAACCUACGGGGCAGCAGCAAGAGCCACAACCUCGAGCUCACACUACCAGUCAAACCUGUGAUUGGAGGUAGCAGCAGUGAAGAUGACGCCAUCGUGGCCGACGCCUCAUCUUUAAUGCACGGCGACAACCCAGGGCUGGAGCUCCAUCACAAAGAACUCGAGGCACCGCUCAUCCCUCAGCGGACUCACUCCCUUCUGUACCAACCCCAGAAGAAAGUGAAGCCCGAGGGCACUGACAGCUAUGUCUCCCAGCUGACGGCUGAGGCUGAGGACCACCUGCAGUCCCCCAACAGAGACUCUCUUUAUACAAGCAUGCCCAAUCUCAGAGACUCUCCCUAUCCGGAGAGCAGCCCCGACAUGGAAGAAGACCUCUCUCCCUCCAGGAGGAGUGAGAACGAGGACAUUUACUAUAAGAGCAUGCCAAACCUUGGCGCUGGCCAUCAGCUUCAGAUGUGCUACCAGAUCAGCAGGGGCAAUAGCGAUGGUUACAUAAUCCCCAUUAACAAAGAAGGGUGUAUUCCAGAAGGAGAUGUUAGAGAAGGACAGAUGCAGCUGGUCACAAGUCUUUAAUAGUGCAGCUAAGGGGUUCCAAGGGCCACAUGCAAGUAUUAAUAAAUAGAGACUCCACCGGCCUCAUGCAGCUCCCUCAGCCUCUGCUUGAAGACCUGGCUCCGUUGACCUGUGGUUCUCCAGUGUAAAAAAGAUGACUGAACCUUGCCGUUCUGUGAAUUUUUAUAAAACAUACAGAAACUUUGUAUAUACACAGAGUAUACUAAAAUGAAUUAUUUGUUACAGAGAAAAGAGAUGCCAACCAGGUAUUUUAAGAUUCUGCUGCUGUUUAGACAAAUUGUGAAACAAGCGAAACAAAACUUUCCAGCCAUUUACUGCAGCAGUUUGUGAACUAAAUUUGUAAAUAUGGCUGCACCAUUUUUGUAGGCCUGCAUUGUAUUAUAUACAAGACGUAGGCUUUAAAAUCCUGUGGGACAAACUUACUGUACCUUACUGUUCCUGACAAGACUUGGAAAAGCAGGAGAGCUAUUCUGCAUCAGUUUGCAGUUCACUGCAAAUCUUUUCCAUUAAGGCAAAGAUUGAAAACAUGUUUAAACCACUAGCAAUCAAGCCACAGGCCUUAUUUCAUAUGUUUCCUCAACUGUACAAUGAACUAUUCUCAUGAAAAAUGGCUAAAGAAAUUAUAUUUUGUUCUAUUGCUAGGGUAAAAUAAAUACAUUUGUGUCCAACUGAAAUAUAAUUGUCAUUAAAAUAAUUUUAAAGAGUUUGAAGAAAAUAUUGUGAAAAGCUCUUGGUUGCACAUACGUUAUGAAAUGUUUUUUCUUACACUUUGUCACGGUAACUUCUGCCCAUUUUCACUUACUUUCCACUGUAUACAGCGUUCUGCUUUGACAAGUUAGUCUUUAUUCUUACAUUUAAAUUUCUUAUUGCCAAAAGAGCGUGUUUUAUGGGGAAAAAACUCUUUGAAGCCAGUUAUGCCAUGCCUUGCACAAAUGUGGUGAAAUCUAGAAAAGAUUGUGUCACCCCCUGUUGAUUCUUGAACAGAGGGCAGAGAGGGCAGUCACCGGGCACUUCUCACAAACUUUCUAGUGAACAAAAGGUGCCUAUUCUUUUUUAAAAAAUAAAAUAAAACAUAAAUAUUACUCUUCCAUAUUCCUUCUGCCUAUAUUUAGUAAUUAAUUUAUUUUAUGAUAAAGUUCUAAUGAAAUGUAAAUUGUUUCAGCAAAAUUCUGCUUUUCUUUUCAUCCCUUUGUGUAAACCUGUUAAUAAUGAGCCCAUCACUAAUAUCCAGUGUAAAGUUUAACACGGUUUGACAAUAAAUAAAUGUGAAUUUUUUCAAGUA